GUACUGCACUGGGACGUAGAACUCGCUCUUUUUUCAUCAUAAAUUGUCCCUUUCUGUGUACAUUUUCCUCCUCAAAAUGUCUAGGGACACUCAGUUCAUCCUCAGACAUUUAGGGGAACUUGAGCAGCUUGCUGAAGAGGUUCUAGCAGAUAAAGAACAGAUUGUUGAUUUGGAUCGGACACGCAACGGCAAUCGUGAAGGUCUGCGGUCCCUCAUCAGGCAAAACCGACAAAGUAAACCUGGGCAAUCCAAGUCAUGGGUUUGUUUUGGUGACAUGUUCAUCAAGCUUCCUGGGCCUACUGCUCAAGCAAUGAUAGAACAAGAUCAGGAGAAAUUGACUGAAGAAAUUGACCGACUUCAUAAGGAGCUCAAACCCAAGGUGGCAAAGCUUAGAGACAUGGAAGGUCAGAAGGAAGCUAAAGGGUUUGAUCUGACGGCACUGUCCAGCGAUGAAAUGAAAGCAGUCGGGAGGUGACAAAGUGCGACAGCCACCACUACCCGAUUAGACGAAAAUAUCUGGAACUUAAAAACAAUUGUGCUGCUUCGAAGUGCUAUUCCUUGGACUCAAUGAACUGUUCUGGUUUUGGCUUUGUGCACAAGUACCCCCUCAACGGCAAGAAAGGGAGAGUUGGGGGAGACCACUGGGAGAGACAUUGGCUUCUGGCAGUACUAAUCCCAUCAUUCGAACACAUUGCCGAUGUUGCCUGAUGCUCACGCGAAGACGCCUAUGGCUUUGUGCACAUUCGGAAUAAAACGAGUCGUGCUUACUUAAAGCUAUACACAUGCAAACCAGUACACGCAUGCGAUGUGUCCCGUCCAGUCAGCUCUCAACAGUGGCCAAAAAGCGCCCUCUCUGUUCGCGCACGGAGCCCC